UCCCAACCGAAGAGCGGGCGGCCGCGGCCGUUUCUUCCCCCUCCUCUCGUCGCGCACGCCGGGAACCAGUCGCCGCGAUGCACUCUCAGUGGGAUGAGCUGACCUUUGCCUUUUCUCGUACUUCCAUGUUUCCCUUUUUUGACAUCGCCCACUACCUGGUGUCGGUGAUGGCACUGAAGCGUCAGCCGGGAGAAGUGGCGAUGGCAUGGAAGAAUCCUCUGUCAAGCUGGUUUACUGCUAUGCUCCACUGCUUUGGUGGAGGAAUUUUAUCUCGUCUACUGCUUGCGGAGCCUCCAUUGAUGUUUCUUGCAGACAACACUAAUAUAUUACUGGCAUCUUCAAUCUGGUAUGUUAUAUUUUUUUGCCCCUGUGACCUUGUUUCCCGGGGAUAUUCAUUCCUACCUGUUCAACUCCUCGCUGAGGGAAUGAAGGAAGUGACCAGAACUUGGAAAAUAGUAAAUGGAGUCACCCAUGCUAAUCACUAUUACAAAAAUGGCUGGAUGGUCAUGAUAGCUAUUGGAUGGGUCCGAGGUGCAGGUGGUAGCAUUAUCGUGAAGUUUGCGCAGUUGGUAAAAGGCUGUUGGAAACCAGAAGCUGAUGAAUGGCCGAAGAUGUCCUACUCUGCCAAGGUAACCCUGCUGGGGUCAGUUAUCUUCACAUUCCAGCAAACCAAGAAUCUGGCAAUACCAAGGCAUGCUCUUAUGUUCCUCUAUACUAUGUUUCUUGUGGUCACAAAGAUAACCAUGAUGAUUACAGGGACUGAUGUUACGCCUUUUGCUUGUUUUGAGGAUACAUUGUUUAGGAUUCUGUUUGGCUGGCAGCAGCGGUUUUCGUCAUGUGAAAAGAGAAGUGAAACAGAAUCAUCUCUCAGUGGUACUGGUUCACCGACCUCAAAACCUAUAGCUGAUGCUUCAAAUAAAGUUCAAAAGAAACAUACUAAGAAGACUGACUAAAUUUACUUGAUGAGCUUUAGAAGGCAAAAAAUUUUCUUUUUCUUAUCUACCUGUCAGAUUGUGAUAAAUACU